AUGUUUCAGAUAUGCAAAAAAGCGAAAGAGCAGAAGAAAGGCGCUUUCGUGGCGAAAGAGGAAUCUUCUGCAGCGGAGCUUAAGAGGGCAGUCACCCCAUCCGGGGGACGCCAAAUCCGACGCGGCGGAAAGAUCAUGUUAAAGCCUGUAUCGAAAGAAGAGGGGGUAUCGACCGAGCUUGGAACCAGUGUCAGCACGGCUGCAGUUCAAACCGAGGAGAAGGUGUCGACGAAACAUAAACGUGUAUCACGGCGGCGUCGAUCCAAGUCUCGAUCUCGAUCUCGAACUCGAUCUCGAUCUCGAUCAGUCAGUCGGACGAGGAAGCAAAGAAGGUCUGUAAGUCGUUCCUCUAGAAAGCGAUCGGUUUCGAGGAAAAGGGGCCGUCGCAGCACGAGCGCGGCGUCCUCGGUACGUCGAAAAGGUACCAUCAGACGGCGAAGCAAAUCCACUACCGGCCAGAAACCGGUGAAGAGUGCAACGCGCCCAGGUCGGUCGAAAAGCCGGGCCGGACCCAAGACGCUUCGCAAACGACGGCUGUCUUCCACCGCCGCAGACCGCAGUGAAGGACAGAGCAGAAGCUCUGUGACGAAAUCGCAGGCAUCCCUUAAACGGCUGCCAUCGAAAGCGAAAAGACUGAGACGGAAACCGACAGCUGAGCAACGAGGAGCAGAUGUGGUCGUCGACGCGGUCUUCACCCCACCGUCGGCUCAGACCAAAACAGAUAUCAAAUUGUCGACGGAGCUGAAAGCUGCGUUGCUGAAGGAAAGCUCUUAA